AAUCUGAAAUAAAUAAGGGAUCAAAGAAUAUAAUUUUUAUAUAAAAUUUAUCUACGAGCAUGUGUUUCAACUAUAAGUCCAAUAAUAACGAUUUUUUUCAUCCCCUCUUAGUGAUUUAGUAUCCCUUCUAAAAUUACCCCUCGAAAAAUUUACCAAGUGGUGGUUGACUAGUUGUAUCAAAUUUUUCAUCUAAAGAAAAAUCGAAAAAUCUACAGUAACACGUUGAGCUGACGUCAUAAUACUUUGUAAAAGAGGAGAGAAAAAAAUAAAAUAAAAAAAUAAAAUUUCGAUCUCACUGUUUAAUGUGUUCUCUGCGCUGUCGCCAAAUAAAAAAAAUAAAAAAACAUGGACGUUAUUAUCAAUAGCAUCAAGCUCAACAUUCUAUAAUCAUAUUAGACAACACCAUCAAGUAUUACUAUUUAUUUAUAAUUUUAACUUAAUUAUUAAAUAAUCAUAGCUCGACGUAAAUAUCAUCACUUUGUUUCGAAAUUAAAUUAAAUUUAUUUAUUACUAUCAAAUAAUAAUUAUAUAUUAAAUAUUAAUUGUUGGCAAUGAUUAUUUUUUAUUAUUAUUGUUAAAUUUUUUACUUGAAAAAAAAACAUUGAGUUAUUUUUUUAACGUUUCUAUCUUAGACAAAUUUUUGAAAUAUUUAUUUUAGCAAGUUUAGUUGUUGUCGUGAGUGUCGUUGGGUGUGGGAGCGGAUGUUUAUUUAAUAACAAUAAUAAAUAUUAAUAAUUAAGUGCAUAAUGGGUAAAUCAUCAAUUGUUUUAAAGUCAUUAUCUAUUUUACUUGGUAUUUUUUUUAUAUUUGUGGGAACAACCAAGGUGACUCCCCAAUUGAGUCAAGAACUUCACAAAGAUUUGCGUAAAGAGUAUGUCAAAUAUACAAAAGUAUUUCCAUUAUCAGAAUUACUUAAUUUUAAAAUACCAAGCAAAUGGUACAGACGUACUGUUGGAUCAUUGGAGAUAAUUUGUGGUUUGGCUAUGGCAACAAUACCAAAUAGAAUUGUUAAAAAUACAUCAAAUGCUAUUUUAUUGUUGUUGAUGCUAAUGGCAGUUUAUUCACAUUAUCAAGUCAGUGAUAAACUUGAACGUACAGCACCAGCAUUGGUAUUCUUGUUUAUGCUGUCAGGAAGACUUGUUAUUGAUUAUCAAUUAAAUCGUCAAGCUAAAGAAGCAGUUACAGCAAAUGGAGUUGAUGAUAAAGCCAAAAAACAAGACUGAACAAAAUUUAAUUUAAAUAAAAUAUUAUAAAUUAAUAACUAAAAUAAUUAGUUAAUGAAAAUAAUAUAACAAUUAAUAGUCAUUAUUUAUAGCUUAUUUAUUAAAUUUAGAUUUUAAAAAAAAUAUAUAUUCAUAAGCAAUAUAAGCACACUGUUUUUUUAGAUAAUUUUUUGAGCAGAUUGCCAAGUAAUGUGAGAGUAAAUUAUUAAUUUUUUUUUUUUUUAAAUAGUUACUUUGAAAAAUUAGCUAGUAUUAAUAAAUAAAUUAGAAGAAUUUUAAGUUGAUGAAAAAAGAGCAUUAAGUAACUGCCAUAAUUAAAAUUAGAAAUAUUUAAAUGUGUAUAUAAUAUUUACAAAGAAAAAAAAAACUAGUCACAUGCAGAAAAAAAUAAUAUAAGUAACUACGAGGGAUUGAUUUUAGCUGAUAAAUUUAACUAAAAAAUUUUUGAAAUAAAUUUACUAAAAUUCACGUAAAUAAAAUAGGAAUGUUUUUAAAAAUUUACAAAACAAAUAAAAAAUAAUGUAAAACCUGAAUAUAAAUAAAUAUGAUUAUAAAUAAUUAUCAACUAUUUGAUAUAAUAAUUUUUUUGUGAAAAAACAAUUGGUAAGUAUUUUAAUAAAUAAACUUUCAACAUUAUUACAUGGACAGAUUUUUAAUGUAUUAAUUAUCAUUGAUAAAACAUAUAAUUAUUAAUAUUAUUAAUUGAGUUUUUAAUUUCUAUCAACAAUCAGAAAAUUACUUUUUAAUAUAUAUUUUUGUUUUUUUUAUUUUGCAUUUGUAAAAAAAAAAAAAGAAGCAUAUCAAUUUAUAUUUAACAGUACUAUUUUUUAUACAGUAGAAAUUACAUUCAUAUUUUUUUAAGAAAAUAUUAUGCUUUAAAAUUAAUAUAAUGAAAUUCAUGUGUUGCAUUUUCUUCAUUUUUUCUUAACCAGAAUCUUGACCAGUUGUUAAAAGAUGUAAUGCUUUACGAAGAUUAUCAACAGCAGUUGGAAUGUCAUCAUAGUUGAUAGCACUACCUGCCCAU